CAUUAAAAAAAAAAAAAAAAACCAGUUUACUAGUAAACAAUGUUGCAGCAAAAUCUCAAGUCAUUGCUCUUCUCCAAUCCCUUCCUCUCAACCCCGCUUAGUUUUCAAAGGAAUGAAGCAUUUUGAUUUCUGGAUAAGAUCAUGGUACAGUGCCUAGACUGUGUAAAGCAUAUGCUUUCUGUUGUUGUGAAUUGCUGUGAUGCCGAUUUACAUAAGCAACCCACGGGUCUGGGAAAUCCGGAAGCUCUUGCAAGGGAGACAAUAUUUAGUGUGAGUGAAAUAGAAGCGUUGUAUGAACUCUAUAAGAAAAUAAGCAGUGCUGUGGUUGAUGAUGGGCUUAUAAACAAGGAAGACUUUCAACUGGCAUUAUUUAAGACAAACAAAAAGGAGAGCUUGUUUGCAGACCGGGUGUUUGACUUGUUUGAUACAAAACACAAUGGGAUAUUAAAAUUUGAAGAGUUUGCACGGGCGCUUUCUGUCUUUCAUCCCAAUGCACAAAUUGAUGAUAAAAUCGAAUUUUCAUUUCGACUGUAUGAUCUCAAUCAGCAAGGGUUCAUAGAGAGAAAUGAGGUAAAGCAAAUGGUGGUUGCUACGCUUGCUGAAUCUGGAAUGAAUCUUUCAGAUGACGUAAUUGAAAGUAUCAUAAACAAGACCUUUGAGGAAGCUGAUACCAAACAUGACGGGAAGAUUGACAAAGAAGAAUGGCGAAGCCUUGUUUUGCGACAUCCUUCUCUUUUGAAGAAUAUGACCCUCCAAUACCUCAAAGACAUCACCACCACAUUCCCAAGCUUUGUAUUUCACUCUCAAGUUGAUGAUACCUGAGUCUCGAACCUACAUCAAAUAUACUUAUCUUCAGCAGUCUUCAGUGGUAUUGCUUUGUUCCUUCUGUAUGCAAACAACCUGUCCAAUUAUCAGCAGCAGGGAGAAGGGAUGUUAAUAGCUUCAUGUAUAGAAUAGAAAAAGUUUUUAGAUUAUUUGAGGUUUUCAGUUAGCACAAAUACCAUGUUCUUGUUUAAUAAAUGUUACAGAGGGGAAAAAGUAAAAAGGAAAGGCAUCUAGCUUUGUUCAUUUUUGUGUUACAAGCUUCUGCUGAGAAGGCUUAUAGGCUCUUCACGCACAGACCGUCAUCGGACUUCAUUGUAUUAGCUCCUCCAGGGUUUGGAGGAAUGGGUUCGUGAUUGGAUGAGAGUGAGACUUGAGAGGUUUUUACUAUCUAAAUUCUGAACAUUGACCGCUUGUUUAAUAUGAAUCAGAGACCAGAAGUUAAGAAUAUCUGGAUGCAAUUAAUCAUUGAGCUAGACCCCAAA